AUGCAGAUGAAGAAGAAAGAAGGAGAAGUGGAAGAAGAAACAAGAGAUGGAACUGUGGACUAUUAUGGUCGUCCCUCUAUUCGUUCCAACUCGGGCAGAUGGGUUGCUGGCAUCAUCAUUCUCGUGAACCAGGGGUUGGCGACGCUAGCGUUCUUUGGAGUUGGAGUGAAUCUAGUGCUGUUCCUAACUCGCGUUUUGCAGCAAAACAACGCAGAUGCAGCGAACAACGUUAGCAAAUGGACAGGAACUGUUUACAUCUUCUCGUUGGUCGGAGCAUUUCUCAGCGAUUCUUACUGGGGUCGUUACAAGACUUGUGCAAUCUUCCAAGUCAUUUUUGUCAUCGGACUUUCAUCGCUCUCGCUAUCAUCCUACAUGUUCUUGAUCAGACCAAGAGGUUGCGGGGAUGAAGUCACACCUUGCGGUACACAUUCCACGAUGGAGAUCACAUUGUUCUACCUUUCAAUCUACUUGAUCGCAUUGGGGAAUGGCGGGAAGAAUGCUUCAGGAGAUACAGGGAGGAGGAUAGUUCACACAGAUGAGUUCAAGUUCUUGGACAGAGCAGCGUACAUCACAGCUAGAGAUCUUGAUGACAAGAAACAAGGCGGAGUGAAUCCAUGGAGGCUUUGUCCUGUGACACAAGUUGAGGAAGUCAAGUGUAUUCUUAGACUAAUGCCCAUUUGGCUCUGUACUAUCAUCUACUCGGUCGUCUUUACACAAAUGGCCUCUCUAUUUGUGGAGCAAGGCGCAGCGAUGAAGACCACUGUCUCGGAUUUCAAAAUCCCUCCAGCAAGUAUGUCCAGCUUCGACAUCCUUAGCGUUGCUUUGUUCAUAUUCAUCUACCGCAGAGUUCUCGAGCCACUAGCCAACAGAUUCAAGAAGAAGGAUGGAACAAAGGGAAUCACCGAGCUCCACAGGAUGGGAAUCGGCCUUGUGAUUGCUAUCUUAGCUAUGGUUGCAGCCGGGGUUGUGGAAUGCUUUAGACUUAAAUAUGCAGACAAGAGUUGCACUCACUGCGAUGGCUCAAGCUCACUAAGCAUCUUCUGGCAGGUUCCACAAUACUCACUCAUCGGAGCAUCAGAAGUGUUCAUGUACGUUGGUCAGCUUGAGUUCUUCAACGCGCAGACACCAGACGGACUAAAGAGCUUUGGAAGCGCUCUGUGUAUGAUGUCAAUGUCGAUGGGGAACUUUGUGAGUAGCUUAUUGGUGACAAUGGUGGUGAAGAUCUCUACAGAAGACCACAUGCCUGGUUGGAUUCCAAGGAACCUCAACAAAGGUCACUUGGACAGAUUCUAUUUCCUCCUGGCUGCAUUGACUAGCAUAGACCUGGUGGUGUACAUUGCAUGUGCAAGGUGGUACAAAUGUAUAAAACUGGAAGCGAAAGAUGAGAUGCAAGACAUGAUGAGUGAUGAUGAAAAUGAUACCGACAGUGAUGACUACGAGGAGCCAAUGAAGGAUACUAGAGUCUAA